AUGAAAUCUUGCUCGGUGAGAUGGGCUUCGUUGGAAGCUGAUUUGAGAAGUCUUCAGGGAAGGAGUGCAACUCGAGCGUCUAAUGGCUACCCCAGCGGAAGCUUGAAGAUGGUCAAAAACCGACUUUUUUGCAACCCACUUACGUCAACUCAAGACGUUGAUUUGAGACAGCGUAGCUCAAAGUCUCCCGUCGAGGAGUACCGAUUUCAUAGCUCAAGUGGCCCUAGGCUGCAAAAGAUGACGAGUGACUGA